GGCUCCACCUACCGCUCAUUCCCCAGCCCACACUCCCCAACGAAUGAAAAAUCCCCGAGCUCCUCAAAGUACCGGACCCGAAUUUUUACUCGUAGCAAAGCUAUUUGAAAUCAGCGCGAGGCAAGGUGUGACUGUGCUGCUGCCUGCUUGCUGGUGCUCCCCCCUCUUCGUUUCGCCCUCUCCCCACCACCUACAUUCUCCAAUUCGCCGCGUGGAAGGAGACCGGGGAGCAUGGAGGAGCUCGCCGCGCGCGCGCCGCCGCCGCCACCGCGGCACCGGGCGCGGAGGCACCGGAGGAAGGCGUCGGACUCGUCGGCGUACGGGGACGUGUUCGGCGGGCCGCCGCGGUUCGCGGCGCCGUUCGCAGGGGUUCCGGGGGACUACGCGGAUGUGUUCGGCGGCGUCGCGGCCUCGUGCUCCAUCCCGUACCUCGACCUGCCCCCGGCCGCCGCCUGCCGGGACGGCGGCGGCGCGGGGGCGUACGGCGAGAUCUUCGCGCGGUUCGACUUCGGGGAGUUCGCGGCGCCGUAUGAGGACGUGUUCGCGGAGGCGGAGGGGAUGGCGGAGGAGAUCGCGUCCUGGAGCGGAAGCUCGAGGUCAUCAAUCAGAAAAGAAUCUGGCGACCUGGAUGCCGAGCCAUCUCUACUCUAUCAACACUAUCCAAAUAUAGGUUAUGACCAACACUUUGAUGAGGAACAGUUUUCUCCAAUGUCCUUUCCUCCAGAUGGUGAACAACAGUUCAGCAUGUCAUAUAAUAUGGCCUCCAGAGGAAGACUAGAUGAUCUAGUUGAAAUGACCACUUGCAUGGUGGAACCUUCAAUCAAUUAUGUGAUUGACUCUUGCAAUUUGCCGAAUGAUUCAGCAGCGGAUCAUGUUCCAGUAGUGGACCACGGUACAGUUGCUAAUGGUGAAAAAAAGGAGACGAGCCCACCACCAGUUCCUGCAAUUAGUAAUUCUGUAGCUGAUCAGAAGCAGCAUAUCUCAACUUGUCUUCCCAUUACUGAAAAUCUUUAUGAAGAUGAAAAUGACGACAAGAAGUCUAGCAGUCAUUCAGCAUCAAGUGAUGAAGUACCUUCCCCUGAUUAUCCAUUCUUAAGGGUGUCCAACAGCAGCACUCAAACAGCUCCAAUCAAAGUACAACCACCGUCAAUGCUACCACCUAAUUUGCUUAAUAAAAAUGUAGAUAAAGCAAAUGGAGAUUCUGAGGUCAAUCCUAACUCUGCUGCUGCUGCUGCUGCUAUAAAGGAAGCAAUGCAAUUUGCUGAAGCUAGAUUAAAGGCUGCAAAAGAACUGAUGGAAAGAAAAGGGGACAGUUUUAAGCUUCGAAAGAGACCAGGUCAUCAUAGGAGCACAAAGUCGACAGAAAUCACGGAUAAUAAGACCCCACAAGAGGUGCAUAUAUUUGAAGAAAAACAGACCUUGAGAAUGUUGGCAAAAGACGAGAAGAAACAUGAGGAUCUAGCGAAAGCUUCGCUAGAUAAGCACACAGACAAUGGUACAGUUAAGCUAGCAGACUGUUGUCACGAUGCAAAAGGGGUUGUACCACUGGUGAAGCCUCAGCAGAUGAUGCAAAGUGGCAGUAAAUGUGAGGGUAAUAAUGGUCCGAUAACAAAUCCCUUCACAAAUCACGACUGCUAUGAGAAAGGUAACAAAGGGGUUACUGCAGGGGAUUUGGAGAGAUACGGGAAAUCGUUGGAUGGUAAUGACAUAAAAGAACUGAAAAUGCAACGUGUAAAUUUUACAGAAGAUGCUACAUCUAUGGGGGUUGGACCGAAGGCUCCUGAAGUUUCUUUAGCUGAGGAAAGGAAGGUGUACCAAGAACAAACUGAUUCCCAUAGUAAAGAAUAUGUGGGGGUAAGCAAUUCUCCAGAAGAUCAUAAUGAUGGCAGGAUAUUUGAGAGUUCAUGUAUAAAUCGUACAUCUCCAAAUCUGCAUGUUGUUCCAGAAAUAUCCAGUUUGCCUUUGGAGGCUUGUAUAUCUGGAGGCCAUACCAAUGGCAACAAAAAGUGUUCUGAUGCUAGUACUGAGGAAACUCCCCUAGUAGUAAAAUCUAACGAAGACAACUGCAACAAAGACAGACCUGAGGUCCCAUGUGCUGAUGAGACACUCUGCUCUUUUACAAGGAGUCAAAUAUCACAUGAACAUCCAGAAGUUCCUGAUAUUGAUGAAAUCAAGAUAAAUCAAGCAGAAUCUUAUGAGACCCAAUGCUCUCAAAAGAUGUCUAGUAGAGUUCACAGGGAUGCCGAAGCCUAUGAGAAAGACAGGAUGUUCAGAUUUGUCAAUGAAGCAUGCCUGCAGAAUGAAAAAGAAAUAAUAACUGAAAUAUAUUUGGAUACACCCAUUGGUGAAGAAACGGAGAAUUUUGGAGCUGAAGAUAAAGCAGAUCCCCAUGGAGAUUGUCUAGAGGAAGAUGUAUACUGGGAUGCUGGAUCUCCUGAACAGGAAAUCAACGAUACAGUAAGUUCUAAUGAUGAAGAAAAUGAUGAAGCAGAAGCGUUGGAUGUAUUUCUGGAAGACAGCAAAUUGAUGGAAAGCAAUGUUAGAACAGGUGGUACUUUUGCUGAGGAAUCAGAUAAACUCCCAGAAUCACAAGGUUCAUUAUUGGAACCUCAAGACUUGGCAAACAAAGUGGAUGGAGUUGAGGAUCUUGGAUCCCAUAGUAACAUAAAAGAAGCAGAAACAAACGUGUUAGAGAACAGCAAGAAGACACUGGUGGAUGAAAUUUUAAACCAUGAUAAGGAGGGCCAAAUAUCCAUGGAAACUGAUACCAACAAAGGAUUAAAUGACGUAUAUGCAGAAAUACUUGCAAGGAAUAACAGAGAGGGUAAUGUACUUCAUUCUGAAACUGAAGUUGUCGCCAAGAUUUACAGUGAUUAUAGCAUGAAGAUGAGCACAUGCUCAAAAGAUCUGCAAGCUUCAUUCUCAGAAGCAUGCGCUAGUAUGCAGCACUUGUCUCAAAAUGCUGAAUCUGUUUCCGCUCGGAUGUCUGAUGAAGGCACUCCUUUUCUUGAAAAUCUUGAAAAUGAUUGCCCAAAAGUAGACACAGAAAUAUUGGCAAAUAGAUACACAGCAUUAGAAGGGGAAAAUACGGAAAGCAAAACUGAAGAAAGAGAUUGCAAAGACAGAAUAUCAAGUGUAAACUUGAAGGAUCGACAAUCUUUUGCAGAGGAUAGCGCAUCAAAUUUUGUUCAGAAAUCAAGAGGAGAGACCCCUGAUGUUCAGAAAAUCGAUGGGAGCUGUAGUAUAAGAAAUACAGAAAGAGAAAUUCAAAAGGAGGUCUCCCUAAGAUCAGAUAAAGCUAAAGGAAGGGAAUGCAAAAUGGAAAGGGAAGAAACCAAAGAGAGAACAAUAAGAGAACAAGAGGAAGAGAAGGAACGGGAGAGAGAGCGGACAAAAGAUAGACUUGCUGUUCAGAGAGCUACGAGAGAAGCUCACGAGAGAGCGUUUGCUGAUGCUCGAUCAAAGGCUGAACGAAUAGCAUUAGAAAGGAUUACCUCUUCACGACAAAGAGCAUCUGCAAAAGCACAUGAGAAAGAAGAGAAGGCAAGUUCUGAAGCAACUACUGUGAAGGCUUCUAGAGAAGCAAGAAUAAAAGCAGAACGUGCAGCAGUGGAGAGAGCAACUGCUGAAGCUCGGGACAGGGCAAUUGAAAAGGCAAAAGCUGCUGCGGAUGCUAAGGAGCGAAUGGAAAAAUUCAGGUCCUCAUUCAAGGAUGGUUGUAAGGCUACUAAUCAGGACACACAAUUUCAGAAGGCAGCUUCUAAUAACUAUGGAAGAAGCACAGAUUCUUGUGAUCAAGUAGAUGAGUUUGAAUCAGCUCUAAGACACAAAGCAAGAUCUGAGAGGCACCAACGGACUGCUGAGCGAGCGGAAAAAGCUCUAGCCGAAAAGAAUAUGCGGGACAUGCUGGUUCAGAGGGAGCAAGCAGAGAAACAUAGAUUGGCCGAGUUCCUUGAUCCUGAAGUCAAGAGAUGGUCAAAUGGAAAGGAAGGAAAUCUGCGAGCAUUGUUAUCUACGUUGCAAUACAUACUUGGUUCAGACAGUGGCUGGCAGCCAGUUCCACUCACAGAUCUCAUUACAGCUGCCGGUGUCAAGAAAGCAUAUAGGAAGGCAACCCUUUGUGUCCAUCCAGAUAAAUUACAACAAAGGGGUGCUACAAUCAGACAAAAGUACAUCUGCGAGAAGGUGUUUGAUCUUCUUAAGGAAGCCUGGAACAAAUUCAAUUCUGCAGAGCGCUAGGGUUUAAGAUAGACAAUGGUAUUCGUUCUUCUUUUUUAUUUUCCCUGGAGAAACAAGAAAUUAGGUUAAUAUAUAGCCAUGUCAUUGAUCUUUUAUAUCGAUGUAAAUAUGUGAUUCCGGAGAACAUUUUUUGGCCAUAAUCUACCAAAAGUAAUCCAAUAAUAGAGAAUCCUCAUGCAA